GACAGGGCAGCACGCGAGAAGCUUUCUAACAUGAUAGAAGAGAGGCUGAAGACCAAACCUCUGCCACCACCACCUCCUCCUCCACCUCCACAACUUCCUAGUGAUGGUUCUGGCAAUCCAAAUAUCGAGCAAACCAAAUCAAGGGAUGGGGACUCGGACAUUGAUGCAUUGAAAAAUGGUUAGUCUUCUGAAGGGAUGUGUAAAAUUUACUCUUCUCCAUGGUACGGGAUAAUGUGUAGUUCCACAGCCAAAAAUCGUUUCUUUGAUUGAUUUCGUUCUUGUUCUCAAUUUUCCAGAUGCUGCUGAAGAGAAAAAUAAUGAUGAGACGAGUAGUGAUUACAAAGCAGCAAGUGAACAUGAUAGGCCUGAGGUAAGCUCACCAGACAGGAACAGAAGGUAUGAUAGAAGGGGCAGAGACAAGGGCAGAGAUCUUAAGCGUGAAAAGGACCGAGAGAUAGAAAGAUAUGAGAGGGAAACAGAAAGAGAACGGGUUAGAAAGGAGAGGGAACUGAGAAGAAAGAUGGAAGAGGCUGAUCGUGAAUAUGAGGAACGUCUAAGAGAUUGGGAAUAUAGAGAGAGAGAAAAAGAGAAACAACGACAGUAUGAGAAAGAAAGGGAGAAAGAAAAAGAUCGCAAGCGGAAGAAGGAGAUUCUUCAUGAUGAAGAAGAUGAAGAUGAUGAUUCUGGGAAGAAAUGGCGGAGGAGUGUUAUAGAGGAGAAGAGAAGAAAAAGGCAACGGGAGAAAGAGGAGGACUUAGCUGACAGGCUAAAAGAAGAGGAAGAGAUUGCUGAGGCCAAGAAGAUGGCCGAAGAGGAAAAAAUGUUACAGCAAGAAAAAGAGGCACUAAAACAUCCACAUGCAGAUCUUGUGAAUGGUAGUGAGAAGCCUGCUUCUCCUUAUGACAUGUUUAUGGAAACUGCAGAUGAAGUCAUUGAACAGGGUGGCGAGGGUGAUUCUGUUAGUGCCAAUCAUACAGGUGCUUCUGAGAAAAUUUAGGCUUUGUAUUUUCCUUUACUGAUUCCCUUGGCUGGUUUGCAGAUUAUAAAAUUUGUUGAAACUUUAUAUUACAGGUGAUGAGGGCGUGCAGAAUGGUGCUAGUGAGGUUUCAACUGUGCCGAUGCUCGAAUCAGAAGUGCAGCAGCAGCAGAGUACUAAUGCUCCAACAAGAAAGUUGGGAUUUGGUUUAGUUGGGUCUGGAAAACGUGCUGCUGUACCUUCAGUGUUCCAUGAGGAGGAGGAUCCUCAUAAAGAGAAAAAAAUGAGGCCCCUAGUUCCCAUAGAUUAUUCAACAGAGGAAUUGCAAGCCGUUCAACCUGUUACUGCUGGAGCUCAACCACCAAAUCUAGCUGCUGCUGCAGAAUAUGCAAAGCAGAUAUCAAAUAUUGCUCCGCGGGAAGAGAAAUCUGAAGUUGAAAGGGACAAUAAUAAACGUUCUCAACAUAGGUCUGGUCGGCGGGACAAAAAUGAUGAGUAUGGUCAUCAACGAUCCAGAGAAGAGAACAGAGAUAAGAGCGGACGAGACAGAGACCGAGAUCAUGGUCUGGAUAAGGUGAAGACCCCUGAUAAACAGAAGCUUUUAGAUGCAAAACAGCUGAUUGAUAUGAUUCCGAAAACCAAGGAUGAGUUAUUCUCAUACGAGAUCAAUUGGACUGUUUAUGACAAGGUACAUUGCCCAUCUUCAGCUGUCAUGUUCCCUAACUAUAUUUGUCAUCAAGUUCCAUAACAUAGCGCUCAUGUGAAGCUAAUGAUCCUUGGUAGGGCGACUUUUUCCCUUAAUGGAGCUUGGAAAAAAGUUUGGUACCAUACUGAUAUUUGGUAUAUACCAACCGUUUUUUCCCAAGAUGUCCAAGGGAAAAGUUGUCAAGGCCUAGCACUAGCAAGCAGGGUCAAUACAUACAUAAUAGAAUGAGACCUUAUGGACAUGGGAAAAGUUGUCCAAGGGAAAAAUUGUCAAGUCCUUAUGGACACAUGCCAUUUAUUUACGAUAGUGGGCCUCUAUGGUCCUCCUUUUUCCUGUUUUGCAGCACUCGCUACAUGAUAGAAUGAGACCAUGGAUUUCAAAGAAGAUUACAGAGUUUCUGGGAGAGGAAGAAACCACAUUAGUAGACUACAUUGUGUCAAGUACUAGGGAGCAUGUUAAGGCUGCACAAAUGCUGGAGAUGCUUCAGUCCAUACUAGACGAUGAGGCCGAGAUGUUUGUGCUCAAAAUGUGGAGGAUGCUCAUCUUUGAGAUUAAAAAGGUGGAGUCAGGCCUGGCUUUGAAGUCCAAAUCAUGAGGUUGGUGAUUUCUGGUUUUUAUGAGAGGGAUAAUAUUCAGAUGUAGGACUAUUAUCGUGGGAAAAGAGUAGUAGCACUAGCAAUGUUCUUUCUCUGGAUUAUGCUCCGGUUCGAUUUUUACUUUUCGAGCAGGUGGUUUUCCAUGAGAUGAGCUGCUCUGUUGCAUUUGCGAUUUAGAUGUGGAAGACGAGAUUAGAUGUUGAAAGUGUGUUUAGAGGAAUUGCGUGAUGGUUUUGGGCAAGGCAUGCAGAGGGACUGUUCUACGCAAUGUUGUCAGAACCGAACCGGAGCAUGACCCAGUAAUUCGAAUGACUCGCACUUUAGUGGUCCAAUCGGCAUUAGACCGUUUAAAAACGGUUAGAAAAUUGGUACCUAAUAACCGUUAUCAGUAUAAAUAGUGGUCCAAUCAGCACUUUAUUAAUCAGAGCUCGUCUCUUUCCUUCGAAAUUGUGAAAUGGAAAUAAGGAUUCAGUUUGAGAGCUCGACGUUUUUUGUUUAUUUCAAUUUUCUGCAAUUUUUUUAAUUAAAUUUAAUGGCUGAAUGAAAAAACCGGACGAGUGGCUCGAUCGGCUCGAGCAAUUAAUCGCCUCGGCCGCUGUCAACCGCUACAGAAAAACAAAGCGACUUUUAGACUAUUCCGAGUUGAUUUUGUGACAGGGUGGCAGUUUUACUAGUCGGGCCGAGCGGCUCGGCUCGACGUUAAUAAUAGGGAUGGCAAUUUGAACCCGGCCCGCCGGGUAAUACCCGACCUGACACGCGAUGGGGCGGGUAUUACCCGACCCGCAUUAGCGUGGGGCGGGGCAUGGGUAUCAACUUCCGACCCGCCCUGCCCCGCCCCACCCUAUUCUUACCCCAUUCUAUGUCAAUUUUUUACCUCAUCCAUUUAUAAACCUCCUAUUUGGACUUUUAUUCGACUAUUUAGUUUGAUCUUUCAACUAAAUAGACUCAAUUACUUAUUAUAUUAUCACUAUUAUUCAUUCAUCAAGUAUUUUCCCCUUCGUUUUAUCAUAAAAAGUAAAAUUGUGCGUGUAUUUUUCUCAAAUAGCAUGUAAGAGUGGGUUGACCCGCCCCGCCCCGUUCCCGCGCGGGUAUUACCCACCCGACCCGUACUAACGUGGGGCGGGGCAUGGGUAUUGACGUACCCACCCCGCCCGACCCAUUGCCAUCACUAGUUAAUAACACUGGUUCUACGGGACGUCCUUGGAUAGAAGUUGGAAAGUGAAAUUGGGGUAUUUGAUAUGCAGCUUUUUUGUUCACCAUGCAUUCAAUUUAGUUAGAAUAAAAUAAAUUUUCAUUAUAGCCGCGUCACUGAAGUAUAGCUAUCUCAUUGUGGCUCAGAUGAGAGUAAAAUCUUUUAACCUGGUGAACAAGAGGAUGUUGUUUGCCCAAUCACUGUUGCAUGUGUUUUGCUUCUGAAGAAUCAUCGGACCACAAUUCGCAACGCUUGUUUGAAAUUAUUUUCACUUCCGUCUUAAGUUGUUGGGAUCUAUUCUGAUGCUCUGCAGGGAUUUGCUGUUGGAAUGAAAUGCAUUUUCAAGAGGGUGUCGUUUCAAGAAAAUACAAUGUUUACAACCAAUUAUGAUAUUUUGGCAUUUGUGAAUUGAAAGAAACUCAAAUAUUUUUAGGAAUAAGAUUGAGAGUGUCUAUGUGGUUAUCAAUCGAAUUAGCAGGGCAAUAUGUGAAUGUUCCCUCGCACAUAAGUUGGUCUCUCCUCAGGAAAGAGUCUCUCUUUACUCUUUGUUUUUUGGAAACAAUUCUGCUAUGGUCUUUCCACCUCUAUGAUGAUUUACUUCUGUAAUUUCUCCUUCUCAUGUAUCUUUAUUCCCUUUGUACUUGGAGUUAGUUCAUUUCUCAUGGAGCCUCCACUUUUUAGAUGAAUAAAUAUAUUCACACAUUCAUAAAAAAAAAAAAAAUUCACUCAUUCAUAAAAAAAAAUAAACUGGUUGUCAAUUUCAACUUACUGUUGAAAUGAUCCACUUCGUGUUUUUUCACAGUGAGAUCAAACAUUAUUUCAUACUAAGUUACAAGAAAGAUGUACAUUUAUGAAAAACUAGAAAUUAGAUCUAAAAAUGGUUCCAUCAUUCCCAACCAAGCAACACAUUUUUUUUUUAAUUUGGCCGGUUUCAGUAAUGUACUUAUUCAUAUCUGGCUUAUUCCGUUUCGGAAUAUCUUUGGAAAAAAAAACCCAAGCAGCACAUUUCCAUGAACAUUGAGAAGAGUCUUCUGAUAAUGCGGGAGCAAGAAUUUGACAGUGACAUUUCUUCUAGACAAACACAUUCAUAUCCAUAUUCUUGCUCUAAUUUUAGACCUUUCAAAAGAGCUUUUGCUUCAUUUGGGAUAAAAUAGAACAAAUGAUAGUUACAGCUUGUCUAUGACAAACUUGUCCAUGGUUGUUAAUGACCACAAUGACCCGUUGGCUGGAAAUUAAUUAAAAACAAUCCAUCAUAGUGGACCAUCAAAAGGAUUAUUUGGUGGUGGAGAAAUUUGUGGCCGGUUAUCCCUGAGCUUAGUAUUUUGGGGAGAGAGGGGGGAGACUAAUCGGACAUGACGUUCAAUUAAUAAUGUCCCCAGAGGUUGCCUCGCACAUGGUUGAGAGGCUAGGGCGAUUGAUUCCCGAAGACACAUUCAUUCACGGUGUUUUUGGUGUUCCAGUAAAGGAAAACAACAUGAAAAAUACUCCGAGUCUGGAGAAAGUCCUUGAACGAUCAUAACCAGUUAAAGAAAGACUUGGAACGAGUAGGGGGAAAUGGUGAAAGAGAGAGAGAGAGAGAAGGGCACUCAAAGUACUAAGCGCAUGAGGGUAAGGAAAUAAACAAUGGGAGAUGGACUCAUCUGGAUGUUUGCAAAUUUCCAAGUCCAAAAGUCAUUCUAAUCUUCCUUCCCGACAGGAAUUCUCUGAAUAGACUCCAAUUCAUGCAAGAUGAUGUUUCACUCAAUCAUCUCAUAUUUCCACGUUGUAUCUUCUUGGUUUGUCUAACCUUUAACUUUUUUCUAUUAUUGCAGCCCACUCCUAAUUUAUGAAGGAGUGGUAUCCAUGGUCUUAAUCAAUCCAUGUCUCCAUCCCUGAAUCAAUCACCAAAUUGUACUAACAUCAAGGACUUUCAUUGAGUCGCAAAGACUCGCUUAGAUCCAAGACGGUCUACUACUCUUCAUGGCCGAAAAGUAGGUCUCCUAUGGGAAAAUAUAAGCCUUUGACAAGGCGACACCACAAAAUCUCGGGAGAGUGAAGGAGUCGCUUUGCGUGCUUCGCCAAAAUAGCCAAGUUGAAAUCUUUAAAACUUCUGAAUACCAACCCCUUUCUGUUUUGGGAGAGCAAAAAACUCCCCUUCUUCACUAGUGCAAAGUCUUUUUUUUUUUUUUUUGCAUUGACCCACAUCAAAAUAAGUUGAUAAUUUCUACCCAAUAAAAAGUUGAUAAUGAGAUAAUCCAUCUUAUUAGUGAGUUACAUUAGAAGGAGGAAAAAAUACAUGAUGUACGACGGAAUAGCUUGUAUGACUACUUUGAGAUGGACUUCCUUCUCCUGUGGGACAUGAGAAGACUCUUCCUAGAUUUCCCGAUAUUUUCCAUCCUUUGAUUGGAGAAUUGAUUCUUUUUUUGAACUUCCCCACUCAGUCAGAACAACCAUGUAUCUUAAGUAACCGUUAACAUAAGUAAGGCUAAAAUUCACACUGAAAAACACAGAUGAUUUAUUGAUAUGGAUUUCCUAACCUGUGAUAGCUCCAUACUCAUUAAUGAUCCCUAAAAUUCUCCCAACCACUUGUUGAGUGACUUUCCCAAAAGUAACUGUAUUAUCUGUGAACCGACAAUCGGUGAGGACACGACAUCUAAGGUUGAGCUUAAUGCUCUUGAUGUGAUCCUAAGAAUGAAAACAUUCGACAUAAGAAUGAAAAGGGAGAGAAGUGCCCCCUAUCUAAUAUCACGAGACGAUGAGAAGACUUAGUAGUUUCACCAUUGAAGAUGAUGUGAAAUUCAUCAUACAUAUACUAGCUCGGGCCCAUUUGCACCACCUAUAAUCAAAUCCAUAAUAUUUCAGAAGGGUUUCCAAGAAAUCACAAUCCACCAAGUCAUAAGCUUUUCAAAUAUCCAACUUAAUCAUCAUGUCCCUCAUUCUACCAAGCUUAUGAUUUUUGAAAUGACGGAAGGCUUCAUGAAUAUAGUCUUGGAUGAGACGACUCCCCCCUUGCGAAUGCAGUUUUAAGCUCCAAGAUAAUGUUUGAGGUUUCACUUUUUGAUUCGGGGACCAUAGCAAUAUGAGUAUCAUUCCACCCUUCAGGCAUGUUCUCUGUUUGAAAAUAAACCAUGCAUCUCUAA